AUGGCAUCUAGCCCCCUCUCCCUCCGGCAGCGGCAGAUUGCUGCAAUUGAACACAUAUUAAACCUGAACCAUGAAAUCCCACCUCAGAAUGAGCUCCAAGGAGACUCCGCCGCAGGGAAAAAUGGUCUUAUACCUCGAGCUGCUCCCCUACUAAAUGAAGACGGCGACCCAGUCUGGAAGAUACUUGUCUUUGAUAAUCUCGGGCGUGAUGUCAUUAGCAGUGUCCUUCGGGUGAACGACCUUCGAAGCUGGGGUGUUACCAUCCAUCUUAAUCUGAACUCCCGGCGCUACCCUAUUCCAGAUGUGCCUGUUAUAUACUUGGUUGAGCCAACCGUUGAAAACAUCAAAAUUAUCACCUCAGACCUAUCCAAGGGUCUCUACUCCCCCGCAUACGUGAACUUCCUCUCUUCUGUUCCCCGACCUAUCCUCGAAGACUUUGCUGCUGAAAUUGCCUCUACUGGAACAGCAGAUAAAGUGGCCCAGAUAUAUGAUCAAUAUUUAAAUUUCACAGUUGCAGAGCCGGAACUGUUCAGUUUAGGCAUGGGGAAGGAUACAUACUGGAAAAUAAAUAGCGCAGCUACCAAGGAUGAAGAGCUGGACACUGUUGUGGACCGAAUUGUCAGUGGUCUGUUCAGUGUCAGCGUCACGAUGGGAUCUAUACCCAUUAUCAGAUGCCCAAAGGGUGGAGCCGCUGAGCUUAUAGCCGCAAAACUUGAUCGCAAACUCCGAGACCAUAUAUUAAACUCCAAAGACAACUUAUUUUCUGGUGGUUCUCAAAGACAAGGCGCUACAUUACCCUCUAGCAGGCCUGUUCUGAUAAUCGUCGAUCGAAAUGUUGACCUUGUCCCAAUGCUUUCUCACUCAUGGACAUACCAGUCCCUUAUUCACGACGUUCUGAAAAUGCAUCUGAACCGCAUAACUGUACAGUCACCCAUUGAUGAGUCUGACCUAAGUAAAGGGACAACGACAAAAUCGUAUGAUUUAAAUGUCAAUGACUUCUUCUGGAACCGGAAUGCAGGGGUGCCUUUUCCUCAGGUUGCUGAAGACAUUGAUGCGGAGUUAACACGGUAUAAAGAUGACGCUAACGAAAUCACGAAGAAAACAGGGGCAUCUUCGAUUGAGGACCUCAAUAUUGAUGCGGGUGCGUCUGCCCAGCACCUCAAGACCGCUAUCACACUGCUCCCUGAACUACGUGAGCGGAAAGCCCUUCUUGAUAUGCACAUGAACAUCGCGACUGCCUUACUUAAAGGCAUCAAAGACCGCCAGCUCGACAACUUCUUUCAGCUUGAAGAAAAUAUCAACAAGCAAAACAAAACGCAGAUGCUGGAGAUAAUAUCAGAUACUGAGCGUGGAAAUAACCCAGUUGACAAAUUGAGAUUAUUCAUCAUCUGGUUCUUGAGCACAGAGUCAGACCUGUCCCGUGCCGAACUGAACCGUUUUGAAGAAGCGUUGAAACAGGCUGGAUGUACCGAGCUCAGUCCUAUAGCGUAUGUGAAGCGCGUACGAGAAAUCACGCGAAUGACAAUGAUGUCGACGUCGACGUCAGCCGCACCUCAGCAGCCAUCUUCCGACCUUUUCCGUGGCUUUUCCUCUCUCUCGAACCGGUUGACGGACCGCAUCACAGCCGGGGCCCUUGGCGCGAACUUCGACUCGCUUAUAUCAGGCGUCAAAAACUUCCUUCCAGCCAACAAAGAUCUAACCAUUACGAAGAUUACCGAAUCAAUCAUGGAUCCGUCAGCGGCAUCCAGCUCAACCAUUGCACUCACAGAGAAUUACCUUUACUUUGAUCCACGGAGCGCCAAUGCCCGGGGUGCCAUGCCGCCUUCAAUCGCAUCCACUCGCAAUGCCCAGUCUAGUGGAUCUGCUACGAGCGGGACAAGUGCAACCUUUGGACAAAGACGUCAGGCGUUCAACGAAGGUAUUGUUUUCACUGUCGGCGGGGGCAGUAUGGACGAGUACGGUAAUUUGCAGGACUGGGUGCAUCGGACUGGGGGCGGACAAGCUGGUGCCGGAGUUUCUGUCGGAGGAAGCGGAGCGAGUGCUGGUGUCGGUGGCACAACUAACACUUCCGGGCUUGGCCCAGGCAGACGAGUUGUAUACGGCAGUACCGAUUUGUUGAAUGCUGAUGACUUUUUGACUGAGGCCCUUGGGAAGCUUGGGCAUGAGAGUUGA